AAACAUUUCACUCUGGGUUGAAGACAGAGGAAAGAGACAUGUUGGACGCUAGCAGGGCUGCGGAGCCGCGCAUCUAGACGGGGGGACGGCCACCCUUUCCUAGAUGGGCUACCUCCCCCUAAAUGGUGGGAGACACAUUAGAACUGCGUAGCCCUCAGCCGAACAAGGCUUGAUAUUUCUGGAUCUUCAUAUGCGGGAUUCAGUUGACGUUUGCGAUGUGGGAGAUGGUGGCGAUGCCGAGGGGGAGCUCUCCCUUCCUGUCGUCUAGGACAAGAUGGCAGCAGUGCAGGCGAACUGUGCAUGCUAUGGAUUUAUGAAUCCGUAACAUGUUCAGAAAAGCCCUGGAUUAUAUUUAUAGUGACUCUAUGUGAAGGUAUGGCCUCACAAGUCUUGGUUUACCCACCACACAUUUAUCAAACCCAGACAAGUGCCUUUAGCAGUGGGAAGAAACUCAAAGUUGAGCCCAGCUGUGUGUACCAUGAGAGAGCACAUCCGCGGGCUUAUCUGAACAGACGAAUCCUUGGUAUUGUGAACCCGACGAAAGCCGGCUCGUUCUUGAGCCAAGACUUGACGGCGGGCUCGAAAGUGUUCGGAGGACAAGUUUAUCCUGUGAAGACAGUGAUCGUGCGGGGCGUCCAGAGACAACAGCCCGUGAAAAGAGGUGGAGAAUCGGGCCCAACUGUGGUCCAGCAGCGCCAGAAAACAGGGGUAAUCCAUAAGCAGAUCCAGGAACAACACCAGCCACAGAAGACAGUCACAGCAAGUGGGGGCAGCAGUGGAGCAACAGGGGCAGGAGGAGGGGGAAGGGGAGAGGGCUGCAGUGGAGGAGUUGAGGGAGGUGGAGAAGAGGAGGAAGGUGACACAGAAACAGGCUGUGGAAGUUUGAACUCGGCUGACAGCUCUCAGCGAUGUGGACUGAAACGUAAAAGUGAGGAGCUGGAUAAUCGAGGGAGCACCAUGCAGAUUGUGGAGGAACUGUCAAUGUUGCCUGCCAUGUUGCACACAACGAAUGUAGGAAACGCAGCAGCAGCUACCGCGCCUGCGGCCGUGGGGGGUGGAGGGGGGACUUCCAAACAGACUGUAGGACCCGUGGGUGUUGGUGCAGCAGGAGGAGCGGGAGGAUGUGACGGGGACUAUCAGGUAGUACAGCAUGAGGUGCUUUGCUCCCUGAAGAAUACUUACGAAGUGCUGGAUUUCUUGGGCCGAGGCACAUUCGGACAGGUUGUAAAGUGCUGGAAAAGAGGCACGGGAGAGGUAGUGGCCGUAAAGAUCCUGAAGAACCAUCCCUCUUACGCUCGACAAGGUCAAAUCGAAGUAGGCAUCCUUGCUCGUCUCAGUGGGGAAAAUGCAGACCAACACAAUCUGGUGCGAGCCUUUGAAUGCUUCCAACACCGCAGCCACACCUGCCUUGUGUUUGAGAUGCUCGAGCAGAACCUUUAUGAUUUUCUGAAGCAGAACAAGUUUAGCCCACUGCCCCUGAAAGUGAUCAGGCCUGUACUACAACAGGUGGCCACGGCUUUGAAAAAGUUGAAAAGCAUGGGUCUGAUACAUGCAGACCUCAAACCUGAGAACAUUAUGCUGGUGGAUCCGGUGAGGCAACCCUACAGGGUGAAGGUGAUAGACUUUGGCUCUGCCAGCCACGUCUCCAAAGCAGUCUGCUCCACGUACCUUCAGUCUCGCUACUAUAGGGCUCCAGAGAUUAUUUUGGGUUUGCCAUUUUGUGAAGCCAUAGACAUGUGGUCCUUGGGCUGUGUGAUAGCUGAGCUUUUUCUGGGCUGGCCGCUUUACCCUGGGGCCUUGGAGUAUGACCAGAUUCGCUACAUUUCUCAGACACAAGGUUUGCCCGGAGAGCAUUUACUGAAUGCAGGAACGAAGACGGCACGUUUCUUUUGCAGAGAGUCUGACUCGCCUUAUGCAGUCUGGAGAAUAAAGUCUACAGAUGAGCAUGAGGCCGAGACGGGGAUGAAGUCAAAGGAAGCGAGGAAGUACAUCUUCAGCUGUUUAGCUGACAUAGUACAUGUGAACAUGGUGAUGAAUCUGGAAGGCAGCGACUUGCUUGCAGAGAAGGCAGACCGCAGAGAGUUUGUGUGUCUGCUGAAAAAAAUGUUGCUUAUUGAUGCAGAGGAGAGGAUCGCACCCGCCGAAGCUCUCAGUCACUCCUUUGUCACAAUGCAACACUUGCUGGACUUCCCUCAUAGUAACCAUGUGAAGUCGUGUUUCCACAUCAUGGAUAUUUGCUCAACCCGUCCUAACACAUAUGAGGCCACCAACCGAAGUAAGGGACCCUUCGUCAGACCUGGGGCUGCUGCUGCUGCAGCCACAGUCAACCACCCAUUCAACAAAGUGACUGUCGUCCAUCCUCAAGCAUUAGCGGCCUCUGCCCCUUCAGUGUUGCAUCCUGGAAUACCAUUACAAACAGGAAGUGGACAGUUUGGAGCCAACGAGUCAUUUCAACAGGCACUCAUCUUAUGUCCCCCCACCAUCCAAGGGAUACCCACCAACACUGUGAAACCAGCUGGUUACCCUGUUCGAAUGGAGGCCUCCGUGCCUCUGGUCACUCAAGCGCCCCCAAUUCAGCCCAUCCAAAUAAGACCAGGAGUAAUUACACAGGCCUGGUCGAACCGAGCCCAGCAGAUUUUGGUGCCCACUUGGCAGCAAGUGACAUCAGUUCCCCCACCACCAACCACAUUGGCAUCAGAGACUGUGGCGGGCCCACCGAGAGUGGGUGACUGGGGGAAAGUACGUCCCCAUGGUAACCAUUACAGCUCCAUGAUUGCCCACCCUCAGCCAUUCUUAACCAACCAAAUGACCAUGCCCGCCCACCAGCCAAUAAACAUAGGCAUUGCACAUGUGGUGUGGCCGCAGCCUGCUGCCAACAAGAGAGCGAAGCCUGGUGCCAACAGAGGCAGCAGCUUUUUCCAAAACACAAACAUCCAAAAUUUACCUUGCCAGUCCCCAAAGAUGGCUGAUACAGCAAAGAAUGUGGAAGAAGCAGCGGAGGAAGAAGCUAGGUGCCCUGAAAAGGGGCAUGCUGUUGUACAGGAGCAUGAAACGGAGCGGGCGGAAGAGGAAGACGAUGACAACUGCUGUAAAGUAGAGCCAGACUGCGAGGACCUUUCGGUCUCACAAGAGCAACGGCACGCCAUGGUGAUCUCCGAGCUAACUAGCCCGUCUGUAAGCGUCAUCAGUAUCAGUAGUGAUGAAGAGGAGGACGCACAAAGACACUCGAUGGGGGAAUGUAAAGGAAGUGCAGAUUGCGAGGCAUGUCAGAGCACAGUUAGUAUGGAGAGAGUCUGUUCCCUCAGCAGCCCUGACAGCACGCUCAGCACCAGAUCGUCGGCUUCUGUGCAGUCCAGCACGUCACCCUGUAAACAUACCAACAGCAUGUCUGAUGAUGAGCAGGAGAGUGGGUGCGACACAGUGGACAUCUUACCUGCCUCAAACGGCAAUAACAACAGUCCUUUCCCUGAGCGGCGUUACAUCGCUAACAGCAAUCAGAACUGCAAGUCUCAUGUUACGUGUGUUGCCCUGGAAACAGAGUCCAGCAAGCCAGCAGUGCGUACGGCCGCUGUACCGCCAAUGAGGGUACAGAACAACAACACUGUCAGUGGAACGCCAGCUGCUUCUUGCUCAGUUCUGGAGUCUUCAUACCAGUCGAAAGGGAGAGGCCCUUCUGGGCGACAUCAUCACCACUCUACUCCUCUCCUCAACCGUUCCCAAAAGAUCACCCCUUCAUUCCAACCCCAACAGCAGCAACCCAUCGGCUUUGGGCAGGUCCAACAUUUCACUUCCUGCCACCAAGAAUGGAACGGCAACUUCACCCACCGCAGACCGCAGGCUUUCAUCCCACCCACCAUCCACGGGCCCGCAUUCACCUUGUCCCACAGCAGUCCGACCCACUCUGCGGGCCACCCCCACCUUGGUGGACACCCGCAUUCCCAACCCACGUUGUUGUCCUAUCCCCCGUCUGGUCCAUUGGUCACAGCUGCACCCGUGGCCCACCUCUUGGCCUCCCCUGGCGCCUCACGUCCUGUCAUUCAGCCCGCUUACAGCAUCUCUCACCCAGCGGGCAUUGUGCAUCAGGUCACGGUUGGCAUCAACCCCCGGCUUUUGCCAUCCCCAACCUUGCAUCCCCAAGGUCAAUUCAAGCCCCUCUUCCCCCCGCAUUCCUACAUAGCCUCGCCUGCCUACGCCAGUUUCCCACUCAGUCCCACCAAAAUAAACCAGUAUACCUACAUCUGAGCAUGGGUGCCCAGGUACUUUUCUCACUACCCGAGGGCUAAGUGCACGGGGCGAAUUCUGUCUUAAACCACAAGCAACAUGGUUUUUCAUUUCCAAAAACCGUGGCACAACCACAGAGAAAGCAAGCUAUUUUUUGAAUCAUGUCAACUUGGGUGUAAUUGAACUUCAAGCUUUAAAGAAAAAAAAAAAAAAAUAGUGAAAGAGUUCCGAUGUCAGAGAUUAUUUGGGCAAAAAUCUGAAGGAAAUAAUGUAUGAAUGAUUGAAUGAAUGAGUAGUUAAACUCACACUUAAUGUGUUUUGCACAUUUGAUAUACCUUUGCAUUGGAUCUUCUACGAAUACUCCUCAAAACAGGUAAAUAAUUGGGGUGGUGUUUAAUAGUUUGACGUUGCACCCCCGAUCCCAGCUAUUUUUCUAUAUUGCCUUCUUACAUGAGCAAGACACAUUCACAUUUGUAAAGCCAUCCCCGUCUCUAGCUCUAGAUUGCCAGAUGUCGUCUACGGUGUAUGUUGUACCGCGUUCCGAGUAUUUGUACUUUUUCAGUGUCUUUCGGUGUUCGCAAUGUCAGAAGUCAUUUAUGCGAUUUAAAUAGGGUCUUUCCUCACGCUGCAUGUGGUCUUGCAUGAGCAAAAGUGUAAACUGAACGAUGCGCAGACAUUUAUCGUAUCGUUUGUUUCACAAGACUCGCUGCAUUGUAUAACUGUCCCCAACCAUAGUGCCUUACAUAUUGUUCAUGUUAAUACUUAUAUAUGACUAUAUUCAAGACUAUUAAUGUACUGGACUGCAGCACUUGAAAUUCCAAUCGCUCGAUGCAUCCUAUGUGUGAGUAUAUAAAUAUAUAUAUAUGCACAUAGGCUGCAUGGAUGUGAUGUUCCGCGGAUAGCGGUGCAUAUACUUUGGAGUCGGUGUAUAUUUCAGUGUGUCGUACGUUCUUUUCUGUUGAUGCAAGAAAAACAGCAUGCUUUGCUGUUGCGAAUGCUUUCCCGUUUAAUUAAGGAGAAAAAAACAACUUUGAUUUGUCCGAAUGAACUAGUGUACAAAGUGCAAGUACUGAGUAUUGCUUCAUAUUUGAUAAUCACUUUCUAUUUAGUGAAACUCUUGUUACUAACAGUAUUUGUACUGUUUGACGAAACUGCAAUACAAUCUAAAUAGUCGCCUUUCCCUCCUCACCCGUCUCCGUAUUUUCAUUUUGAGUGUUUCCACUUUGUUUCUUCGAUGUUUAGACGUGUGGGCAUGGCUUUGACUAGGUCUGGAAAACAAUGCAAAUUAAUUCACAGUAUGGAUUUUUCUAAGCCUGAGCAAACCAUGCAGUAUUCGAUAUACACACAUAUAUGGACGUAUAUUAUAGAAAUAGAGUAUAUAGUACCAAUGCUUGAUGAGGUGUGAGUUAAUUCUGUGUAAUUCUCUCAUUUAUGCAUGUGUGACAAAGUUAACUUUUCCCUUUACAUUUGUUAAUGGCUAAAGGCUUCUCGGUGUCGAAUGCUUCUUUUAAACAUUCCGUCAGGGAGGAUAUAUAUAUAUAUACAUAUAUAAAUAUAUACGGUGGGAGCAGGUGUCACGAGUCAAUAUACCAUAUAUCUAUAUAUGUAGAUAUUUGUGUGUGUUUUCUUGUUUCGUUUCUUAGUUAUUUGUGUAUAUUUUUGUCUUUUAAUUUCAAAUGAAGUUGCUUGGCAGCACCAAAGACUGUAAUUCAUUUCCUGAGCAAGGUAGCUACUCUGUUCGCAUAAACCUCACUUAGAACCUAGUCGCAGAAUGGGGGUGGAUUUAAAAGAAAAAAAAAACAAAAAACAAACUAAAACUUAUUUAAAACGGCAGAGGUUUUGUCUAGCUUAUUGGGGCAAUUAAUAAGUCGUAUCAUUUCUUUCUUGAAUGUAUCAUAGAUAAGCUGCUAAAUGAUGAUUGCCACUUCCAUAGCUGUGAAAUUAGGUGAUUUCUCUGAGUUUGAACCUAGCGCUGCGAUUUGCGUGUGUAUGUGUGUAGGUCCCUAAUUAUCUAAAAUAGAAGUGGUUUUGAUUUGUUUUUCGUGUUCCUAUUUGGAGUGUCAUUGUAUCUACUGUAUUGCUGAUAAUGAACACUAGUUGCGUUUGUUGUUUCUCGGGAUAUGUGUGUGUGUGUGUGCAUCAGUAUUUUAUCCUUUCCGACCUAUCCUGCAAGCUCAUCACUGCAUAUAAAUGAUGUAUCAAUGUAUAACUUAAUUUUUUGUAUGUUUUCAUAAUGAUGUUUCGUACACAUUUAAAACUGUAACUUGCAGUAUCAAUUUAACUUAUACGUUAACGAUAAUCUACCAGUGCAGGAGCACUGUGAGAGAACGGAUUAAAAACAUUAUUAUGUAUGUUAAAAUGAUCAUUUACACUCACCACAAAGGAAGGCGGAGUACAAUAUAUGCCCAAAAAUCUAUGGUUUUUAUUCCUCUAAAGUUGAACUGGUUUAACCUAGUAUUCAUUAUAAGAAUGUUUUUAUCUGUUCAAUGUUAUGAGAAUAUCAGCUUUGCCUUGCUUUCUGAUCGCUGCCCCCACUUGUCUCAAUGUGUUUAAUUGGAAAGUGGCUGUUGUCGUGUGGUCCUUACUGAAACUGAAGCAGUGUGAGCAGCACUGUGUAUGUGCCUUGAGAUUCAGUACAUUCGAGAUUGUUAUUGCUAAAUGCAUACUGAAGGAAGGAGGCCUGGAAUCCAUUGAGUCCAUUAAUAUUAAGUACUCUAUACGGACAAGUACUGGGACAUUUACAGGAAGUGAAAAAGGCAAAAAUACAGCAUUUGUACCCCUAUAUGCUUUGAAUAACUCAAUCACUAGCCUCUUUUUUUACAUUGAGAUCAUACAAAACCACCACGUCCAGAGCAGUAACAAGACAAUAAUUAACUUCAUUUUACUUGUAGAGCCCUUAAACUGCCGCAACUCAAAUAAACCGCUGUACAUGAGUAAAAAUUGACUGAAACAAAAGACAAUUAAAUAUUAGUAACAAAACCAAGGGCGUAGGUUUGGUCUCAACAUUGGUAGGGACAAUAUAACACCAUAACCUGCAUGUGUACUUUUGGCUGGGGACGGGACAUUAAUAAGACCAAACAGAUUGGGUAAACUGGGGUCAGGGCUACAUUUCUCAAGAAUAUGAACCUAAAUAUUUGAUAAAUGAUCAAUGCGAAAUAAAUCUUUAUUUCCCCACUUUCACGUGUAUUGGUUCAGGUGAUAGACCGUUCGAUUUAAACCUUUGUUUUUGAAAACUACUAAAAAUACAUUUAGAAAAUUUGUAUAGUAAUGAAUAUCUGGAUUUUAUUAGCAAAUUUAAAUUGCAAUAUUUGAACACAAAUUUUAACAUACACAAUAAAUACAAACUUGUUUAUGAUCACUUUCAAUCCAGAAAUGCAAAAAAUAAACAUUUGUCUUAAGUCCACUCAACACUGUCGAAAUCACUGGUCCUUAACCUUGGUAAAGGUACCGAACCCCACAAGUUUCACAUGUGGAUUAACCGAACCCUUCGGAAUAAGAUAAUGAAGCUAUUUUUUUUUUUUUUUUU